AUGGACGGCUGGGACUCAUCCACAAACCCUGGCUCGGGCUAUCCGCAGCACCAAUAUCAGCAUUCCUACAGCAACAAUGGAGGCAGCGCAGGAUAUGGCGGCGCUCACGCAUAUGGAGUACGCGAUCAGGGUUGGGCCAAUUCUCCUCGUCGUGAAGGUGGAGGCCGAGCUGCUCAUCGCCCCGAUGGACGCGGAGCUGGCAGCGGCGGCGGCUACUAUCAAGACGUCCGAGGUGGCGAUGGUGGAGCACAACCCCCUCAUCAACAGCCACCCACAGAACGGCGUGAAGAGAAUCGAAUCCGAUACAUUCGUUCGCAGCUCUUCAAGCUCGGAGAGGAGAAAGACUUCCAUCCUCCCUCGGAUCUCCUCAAAUUGGCUCGAUGGAUUGAGGACAAGUCGCAAGACGGAAUUGAUGCUACCACCAGCGCUUUCAGGAUCAUGGUCACCGAACAGCCUCACAAGAUCCCCCUCAUCGCCGCCCUCAUCGGCUUCCUUUGCCUUUCUCAGCCAUCCAAACCCGCCGCGGCGUCCAACAACGAGAUCAACCCCGAAGAACAAGAUUUUUCCUCCACCACCGAAUCCGACUCGCUAGGUAUCACCAUCGUCAAAGACCUCGUCAAGGCGUUCCGCAGCUACCUCGAUGCUCGUCUCUGGAGAAACACGCGUCUGAGCUUGCACCUUUUUGCCGCGCUCGUUCCGCUGCAGAUCAUCCCGGCCAGCUCGUUGCGAACCCUGCUCAGCUCGUUCGCUGCUGUGCUCGAGGAACCCGCCGUCGCAGCCGCUAGAGCGGAUCGUGCUGCGAUUUGCAUCAUCGAAACUCUCUGCCGUGCCGGUCAGGAUCUUCUGGCUGAUAGUCCAAAUGCGCAGGCCGAACUCGACGACUUGGUCCAAAAGGUAGUCACCUACGAUGCGGCCCGCAAAGUCGAAGUAGAACUCACUCAGCCCGUACACAGCCUCGACUCGAUCUGGCUCGAGGGCUUUCCCGACGCCGUCAAAGCGCUCGAACAGCUCCGCGCCGGAGGCUACACCAGACCUGUGUUUCUUCCUGUCCCCUCGGAUCUGCUUCCAGCCGCCAUCUCGCCCGCUGCGACACAGGUCCCCGAAGAGAAGCGUACCGUGCUGCUCCCCGAUGUGCUCGUUCCACCCGAGGAAGACGCCGAAGACCAGGGCCUCGACGUAGCCUAUGCCCAGUUGGGCCACCAUCAAGUUAGGCAACGCAAAGCUGGCACGGGCAAGGGCGAGCUCGAAGAGAAGAAGGCCGCCGUCGGUCCAGAGCGUAUCAGCCCUCAGCCGCGAUGGUUUGCCGAGACUGUGCCGGCGGUCGCUUCACCCGCCUCAGUUGUGCUUAGGGCGAUCUUGGCUGAUAUGAUCGAUCUUUACGAAGUCAACCGGAAAGAAGCUGCCAAAUUGAUCCUCGAUCUGCCCAAUUGGCUCCGAAGAGCGACGUUCAACCUAAAGGUUUCGAGCGAUGCCGGUCUCUUUGGAGAGAUGGGCGACGUCAACCCGGGAGAGAGCAAUUGGUCGCUGGACGACCUGCUCGUCGAGACCAUCCUUUCCACCGCGUUUGUGCUGCCCACGCCUCCUCGCAAUCCGCUCUACUACACCUCGUUGCUUCGCGAGAUCGUCACGCUCACCCCUGGCACAGUGGCACCUUCGCUCGGUAAAACCAUCCGUACCUUUUACGACGCGCUCUCGUCGCGCAACAUGGAUGUCGAAACCAUCCACCGGUUCGCCGACUGGUUCGCCAUCCAUCUCUCUAACUUCAACUUUGGCUGGGCGUGGAAAGAGUGGAUCCCAGACACGACUCUACCUGCUGCGCACCCCAAGAUUGUGUUUAUGAAGCGCGUCGUGGAGCUCGAGAUCCGGCUGGCGUACUUUGACCGUGUCAAGCAGACAUUACCGGACGAGAUACAGGCGGUGACCAUGCCGAGCGAAGAACCCGCGCCCGUUUUCACAUACGCCGACGAAUCGCACCCCUACGCAGCACAGGCGGGCAGGUUGAUCAAUUCGAUCAAGGCCAAAGCUAGCGCCGAGGUGAUUCUGGCGGAUUUCGAAUCGUUCAAAGCCUCGAUCCUGGACAACUCGAGUGCGAUCCCCAGCGACGAUGCUGUCGAAGGCUUGGUGGCGGACGCCCUGCAAGCCGAUGUCGUGGUUCGUGAUUUGACGAUCCAAUGCGUGCUUCAGGUGGGUUCGCGUUCCUUUUCGCAUUUUCUCAACAUUGUAGAACGAUACCAUUCGUUGCUGCGUCAACUUUCCAAGAGCGCACGUAUGCGAGCGGCGAUCCUCUCCGGUGCGGUGCGCUUCUGGCAUCGAUCUCAGCAGUGGAUCCACAUUGUGGUGGACAAGUUGUUGCAGUAUCGCAUCGUCGAGCCGGCCGAUGUGGUCGAGUUUAUCUUUAGUCCGCCGAUGGACGAGCCGGGUACGAUUUCGAGCCCGAAUGGAGCAAGUGGACGCGAGGGCUGGGUUGGCUUCAAUACGUGGACGUUGCUUCGACUGACGUUGGAGAAAGUGAAUGGGCGGGUGGAUCAGCUGAAGAAGAGGUUGGAGGAGAUCCAGCGCAACGAAGCGGAGGAAGUUGAGCGAAGGGAAGCGGCGGCAGCAGCCGGAUUCGGCGAAGAAGACGUCGGACAGGGUGACGACGAGGCGGAGCAAGCGUCGAUGCCGCUGUUCCCGACGAGCGCGACGCUACCGAUCCGACCGGCGACGUCGUCGGCGAAAGAAGAGAAAUCGCAGCUCUCCUCGACCGAAGCGCUGGCGAGCUUGGACGCAAUCAAGAGCGAACAGCGCAAAGUGCUCGUCACCACUCUGGUCGGCUUCAAAACGCUGAUCGUGCGCUCGCAAACCAACGAGCCCGACGAGUGGACACUAUGGUGGAUCAAGUCGUGGUACAGGCAAAUGGUCAGGUUCUUCAAUCGACAGCUGCUCCAAAACCGUCAGACCGUCUUGAACAAUGCCUUCCGACACGAUGACGGCGACGUCGCAACCAACUUGAGCGAACUCUUGGAACGUGCCAUCGACAUGCUCUCCGAGUAA